CCCGAGUUGGCGGAGUCCCGUCUUGCGGAGUCCUCGUCCUCGCCGAGUGGGAGGGUCACCCGGGGAGAGACUAAUAAGGGCAGCGGCGCGCGCCCCGGCCCCACUCGCAGGGCGCUCCGUGCCGCGGUGCUCAGCCGCGCGCCCGCCCGCCCGCCGCCCGGCGAGCCCCGCACGCGGCCAAGAUCUGUGGCUACUAGCCCCCAUGGUUCAGAGGCGCCAUGAGGCUCGCUGACUCUUGGAAGCUUUGGUUCUGGGCAGCAACGUUCCUGCUUCCUGUUUCUGCUUCCGUGAUGAGCAGGGACAAGCCAGAAAAACAAUGUCCUAUACUGAGAACAGAGGGACACCAGUUUACACAAGACAACAGAGAUAAACUUGAAGUUUCAGGUUUUGACCUAGGAGAGCGCUUUUCUCUGAGACAUAUGUUUUGUGAAGGUGAUAAAACCUGUUUCAAACUGGGAAGUUCACUUCUUAUUAGAGACACCAUUAAGAUAUUUCCCAAAGGCCUUCCUGAGGAGUUUGCCAUAGCUGCCAUGUUUCGGGUGCGAAGGAGCGGGAAGAAGGAACGGUGGUUCCUGUGGCAGGUUUUAAACCAGCGUAAUAUGCCACAGCUUUCUGUAAUAGUUGACGGUGGAAGGAAGGUGGUGGAAUUGAUGUUCCAAGCUGCCGAGGGAGAUGUGUUGAACUACAUUUUUAAAAAUCAAGAACUCCGUUCUUUAUUUGAUCGUCAGUGGCAUAAACUUGGCUUUGGUAUACAAUCCCAGGCCAUUUCACUCUAUGUGGAUUGUAACUUAGUUGCAAGCCGUCCUACUGAUGCAAAGAGUACCAUGGACUUCCGUGGAAGGACUGUUAUUGCUGCCCGAGCUUCAGAUGGCAAACCUGUGGAUAUUGAACUUCACCAACUUCAGAUCUACUGUAAUUGGAACUUCAUAGCCCAAGAAACAUGUUGUGAGAUAUCAGACAUUAAGUGCCCAGAGCAGCCUGGCUUUGGAGGUCCCGCAGCAUCAACAGCACCUGCUCAUGCCAGCAGAAUAUCUGCAUUUUUGCCAGCAAAGCAGGAACUCACAGACCAGUGCCAGUGCGUGCCACUCAAGGGUGAAAAUGGUUUACGUGGCACUCCAGGCUUACCUGGUCAAAAGGGAGAGCAAGGUUUUGAAGGCAGCAAAGGAGAAGCCGGUGAGAAGGGUGAACCAGGAGAGAAAGGAGAUCCAGGUUUGUCAGGCGUUAAUGGACAAGAUGGUGUGAAAGGUGACUUGGGUCCUCGUGGUCCCCCUGGCCCUAAAGGAGAAAAGGGAGAUAUGGGACCACCAGGACCACCAGCCUUAACUGGUUCCCUGGGGAUACAAGGCCCUCAAGGUCCACCUGGAAAAGAGGGUCAGAGGGGAAGACGAGGAAAACCAGGGCCUCCAGGAAAACCAGGGCCUCCAGGACCACCUGGACCCCCUGGAGUACAAGGAAUGCCACAGACUCUUGAUGGAUAUUAUCACAAGGGAAAUGUUGGUGAACAUGGAGCUGGUGUUCUAAAAGGAGAGAAGGGUGAAACUGGACCGCCAGGAUUUCCAGGAUCUAUUGGCCCUAAAGGUGAAAAGGGAGAAUCUGGGGAACCCUUUACAAAAGGUGAAAAGGGAGAUAAAGGAGAACCUGGAAUAACAGGAUCACAAGGAAUAAAGGGCGAGCCUGGAGAUCCUGGUCCACCUGGUGUAACUGGAAGCCCAGGACUAAAGGGUCAGCAAGGACCUGCAGGCUCUGUGGGACCCAGAGGACCACCAGGAGAUAUUGGGUUACCCGGAGAACACGGUAUCCCAGGCAAGCAAGGCAUUAAAGGAGAAAAGGGAGACCCAGGUGGGAUUACAGGUCCUCCAGGCCUUCCAGGUCCAAAAGGUGAGGUUGGUCCUCCAGGAAAAAGCCUGCCAGGGGAACCAGGAUUAGAUGGAAAUCCUGGGGCACCUGGUCCACGAGGCCCAAAGGGGGAGAGAGGACUGCCAGGUGUCCAAGGCUCGCCAGGUGAUAUAGGCCCCCCAGGGAUAGGAAUUCCUGGCCGAACUGGCUCCCAAGGACCAGCUGGAGAGCCAGGGAUUCAGGGUCCUCGAGGUCUCCCUGGGUUGCCAGGAACUCCAGGGACCCCAGGGAAUGAUGGAGCUCCAGGGAGAGAUGGAAAGCCAGGUCUGCCAGGCCCCCCAGGUGACCCGAUUGCACUUCCUCUCUUGGGAGACAUCGGGGCCUUGUUCAAGAAUUUCUGUGGCAACUGCCAAGCCAGUGUCCCUGGGCUGAAAAGCAACAAAGGAGAAGAAUCAGGUGCUGGUGAGCCCGGAAAGUUUGAUUCUGCAGCCCGGAAGGGCGAUCUAGGGCCACGGGGUCCUCCAGGAAUCCCAGGCAGAGAGGGACCAAAGGGGAGCAAAGGCGAGCGGGGCUACCCUGGCGUGCCUGGGGAGAAAGGUGACGAGGGUCUUCAAGGAAUUCCAGGCCUUCCAGGUGCUCCUGGCCCCACAGGACCGCCUGGCUUACUAGGAAGAACGGGACACCCUGGCCCCAUGGGAACAAAGGGUGACAAGGGCAGCGAGGGGCCCCCUGGGAGACCUGGGCCACCUGGACCACCUGGUGUGCCAUUCAAUGAAGGGAAUGGAAUGAGCAGUUUAUAUAAAAUCCAGGGAGGUGUGAGUGCUCCCAGUUACCCAGGGCCACCGGGACCCCCUGGCCCCAAAGGCGAUCCUGGCCCAGUGGGAGAACCUGGUGCAAUGGGAUUGCCAGGACUAGAAGGAUUUCCUGGUAUAAAGGGAGAUCGAGGGCCGGCAGGUCCCCCGGGAGCAGCAGGAAUCUCGGGGAAGCCCGGAGCCCCAGGCCCCCCAGGAAUUCCGGGAGAACCGGGGGAGAGAGGCCCUGUUGGAGACGUAGGUUUCCCUGGACCAGAGGGACCCUCAGGAAAGCCUGGAAUAAAUGGGAAAGAUGGAUUACCAGGUAUUCAGGGCAUCAUGGGUAAGCCUGGAGAGAGAGGCCCCAAAGGAGAACGGGGUGAUCAGGGAAUUCCAGGAGACCGAGGCCCACAAGGUGAACAAGGAAAACCAGGCCUUCAAGGGAUAAAGGGGGCCAUAGGUCCUGUGGGGCCCCCAGGAAACAAGGGCUCCCCAGGAUCCCCUGGGCAUCAGGGCCCGCCAGGCCUCCCGGGCCUCCCUGGCUCCCCGGCUGAUGUGGUUUCAUUUGAAGAAAUAAAGAAGUAUAUUAAUCAAGAAGUUCUGAGGAUUUUUGAAGAGAGGAUGGCCGUGUUCCUAUCCCAGCUCAAGCUCCCAGCAGCAAUGCUGGCUGCUCAAGCUCAUGGGAGGCCUGGGCCUCCAGGCAAGGAUGGGUUACCUGGACCUCCUGGAGACCCUGGACCCCAAGGCUACCGAGGACAGAAGGGAGAAAGGGGGGAACCGGGAAUUGGGCUUCCAGGGAGCCCGGGUCUUCCUGGGACUUCAGCUCCGGGCUUGCCAGGCUCACCAGGUGCCCCAGGGCCCCAGGGCCCCCCAGGACCUAGUGGAAGAUGUAACCCAGAAGAUUGCCUGUAUCCCGUCUCACACGCCCGACAGCGAACCGGUGGGAAGUAACCACACCCGAGGAAGACUCGACUCCAGUCACCUCUCCUUGCUGUUGGAGCUUUCUCAAUACUGUCAGACCCUCAUGAUCGUGGGUGAUUUUUUUUUUUUUUUUUUUUUUUUUUGGUGUAGGCCAGACAUUAAAAACAAAAAUUGGAAUCCUAUUCCUAUAGUAACUGCGAUAUCAGCCUUUUUAGAAUUUUUUCCAAAUUCAUUCCAUAUGUCUUGCUUCACCAUUAUUAUGAUUUUUAUUCAGGGUUUUCUAUGAAAUAUGCAAGCACAUCUUAUCAUUAGUUCUUCUUUAAGAGAAACUGAUACCUUAUGACUUAGUAGACAGAUGGUGAUGUACGUUUUGUAGUCUCAUCAACUUGUAUUUGGCCUUUCAUUUCUGAAUUUCAAAGUUUCAGGCUUGUCUGGAAGUUUCCUCAAUAUUUAAAUUUACUAUCAUUGCUGACAGUUUCAUUAACUGUUUUGAUAUAGUGCAUUGCUCCUGCUGAAUGUUUUUGACUACUUUUAUAGCUUAAGAAUUCUUAUACCAUCCUUUAUCCAUUCUACUUAUGUAGAGAAAUAGACAGGCAAUAAGACCUUCAUAACUUAGAUUCUGGAAGAAAACUCAGGAGGCUGUUUUAUCAGGGAGCCCAAAAUCCUACCAGAGCCAACUACUGAAAUGAUUUUGUUGAUCCUGUGUAAUGAGCUCCUGUCAAAGCAGUCCCACCAGCAUGAGCGUGGCCUGCGUAAGAAGGAAGGAGCGAAGUCAAGGCCCAGCACUGUGGUCCCUUUGCUGAGUUUCUCAUUUGGGAAACAGAAAGCUGAUUUUUCUGGGAGGUGGCUGGUGGUGAAGGCACCCAGCUGUCUUUGGUACUUUCAAAGUUUAAAGGGCCUCGCAGAGUCUUUGGGCCCAAGUCCAUUAGCCUUCUGACCUCAUCACUCUCAGACGUGAAGAACCAGCCACCAGAACAAAGGAUGGGGCUUCUAGCGACUGGAAAAGAAGCCUCCUUGUGCUAGAUGAGCGUGUGGUAUCCACAGAUGCAUAUCAACAAGCUGAAGCCUGGAAGCUGUAGGAAGAAGGAUGCUUCUCAGAAGCUGCAGCAGGGCCGUGAAGGGAAUCCACGAGACCAAGCAAGAGUCCGCGCCCUUCAGGGGCAUAGACACUGCCCAGACCGCAUCCCUGACCGGGAGCGGAAACGUGUGAUGGCCAGCGGACAGCUGAAUGGUAGUUUCAUGGCCUGGCCGUACAUUGUUUUGAGAAACUGUUGGUUGAAAACGAUGUCCUGGAACCCUGGGCAGGAAGAUGUUGUUGAAAUCUGAGUGGUGGGUCCCAGGGAUGCCGAGAGUGUGCACCCCGCCAGCCACCGCCCCGCCACAGACAUCUGCCAUUGGGGCAGACUGUGAAAAGCUGUGAGCACGGUCUGUGGGCAGCGUGCCUCCAUGGAGGCAGCUUUGUUCAGAUGUACCCGGGUUUAAACAGGUUUUCAUUGUAGUUGGAUGAACUGAUGGUCAGGUACUAUCUACGUGGCUGUGCAUAUGUACAACCUUUUUGUUAUUUCAUGUUGAAUGAUGCUGUAUAUUUCACUUCCAAGUUUAUUUAUUUUCAUUUCCAAGGUCAUUUUAUUUAUUUCAAGUGUUGUUAAUUUUAAAUUUAUUUUCUCUUUCAUUUUCUUUCCUGUGCAAUACCUCCAAUGGUGCUGUGUUUUACACUGACACAAUCAGAAUAUACAUAUACAUUUUCUUAGUAAAAUGAUCAUUUAUCCCCACAAAAUGUACAGAGGUCUAAAAUCUGGUGCUAUGUGUAUAUCUUGAGCUUUUAAUUUGUGGAGCUUUAAUUUGCUGAAUUUUCUGAAAGCUUACAAACUCCUCUGCCACUUGUUAAUUUACUUGAAUUUGUCAUAAAGCUGAAAACAUUUUUUAUGUUUUCAAAGAUUAUUUUUUAAUAUUAAUUGUUUACUUAUUCUUUUGCUUCUUUGUUAAUUCAGAAGUAUUUAUUUGGGCAUUUAACUGCUUUCAUGAACUUUUUUGUCAAUGGUGAUCAAUGCAUUGUUUUCUUGGAGUCUACCCUUUCACAGACGCAAGAAGACUCAGUUCAUUUUCUUGUUUUAUAAAUUCUGCCCAUUUUGAUUCCAGAGAAUAUUUCAUGUGUCCUUUCUACAAAUUAAGUAUUUCUGAACCUUUCUUUUUCUAAAUGCCAUCAAUGCUGGACUGGUUUAUUCCUGUUUCAAGGGUCUGGAUUUAGUCAGGUGAUUCGAGGAAUUGAUGCCAAUUAUAAACUCGAGUUGUCACAGUGACUCAGGCCCUUUCUAAACAACUGGCAUGUGUGAUUCAAUCCUACUUGGGCAUAACCAGAGGAAAGGGCUGCGUCACAUGGAAUGAACCUCUGCUUGGCUGCCCGUGCAGGAGAUGCAGCGAACAGCAGCAAGAAGGGCUACACCCGGCAAACACAGCACCAGUAAAGUGAAGACCUGGCAGUUGCCUGAUUCUUUUAACAAAAAGAAAGUGAAUAAUUAAGGCCCCAAACAGGGCAUGAAGACUUCCCCUAACUGCCUUGGUGGUGGCCAGUUCUCUUGUUUCGUUUUGUUCCAUUCCAGAACCUUUGUUCACUUCCAGAUCUGCAGAAGUCAGCAGUGUCCACAGCAGAGAAGAAGAAUGACCACAUUUCAUGAGUUAUCUCUUGUCUGGACUCCACACAACAUAGUAUGUUUGAAUACAAAGUAAUUGCAGCCCAUGAUGGAAACAGGCUUCCCAUGUAGCAGGAGUGAUGAAGAACCUGCCUGCUAAUGCAGGAGAUACAAGAGAUGCAGGUUCAAUCCCUGGGUCGGGAAGAUCCCUUGGAGGAGGGCAUGGCAACCCACUCCAGCAUUCUUGCCUGGAGAAUCCCAUGGACAGAGGAGCCUGGCGGGCUGCAGUCCACAGGGUCGCAAAGAGUCAGAUACGACUGAAGCCACUUAGCAUGCACAAACAUGAUGGCAAUUAAAAGGUGUGUGUUUGCCCUAUAGAAGUAUGUUUGAAUUCCAGUCUAACACUUUCUGUCAAGAUCAGCUAACACUGUCAGAUAGAAAUCCUUCUAUGCAAAGAACAAGAUUUGACUUCAAUUAAUAUUUAUGGCCUCUAGACUCUAAAGAAAAAGGAAGAAUAAUUCAUGACUUUGUUUAUUCUUCUCUUCUGCUGAAGACAUUAACCAUUUUUUCAUAACCAAAACAGAAACACAGCCAGUCUUAACCUUUGAAAUUUUUCACCUUGUUAUCAAAGUUUAAUUUAAUCAAUGACUUUAAAGUAUUGAUAAUCCCAUAUGCUUAUUUCUUUGUUUCAUAGCAUUGUUGAAACUUUAAAAAUUUAGACACUUUUAUGAUAGAGCAUCAGUAAUUAUCUUAAGAUAUGUUAUCUGUAAAAGAUGUCAUUUGAUGUUUGGAUUAUAAAAUAAUUUAUGAGUAUGUUUUAGGAGUUAAACAAGAUUGAGCGGUUCUGCAGUCUUUCUCCACUGUAGAGAACCUUUGAUAUAUCACCUCUUGUCCACCAGAUGGUGUCUUAAGCAAUUUGUAUCAGAAGAAUUGAACAGACUUGCAGAAAUACAAAAGGCUAGAAAUAGCUGAGUAGACAACUCCACCAAAACCUUUGCUUUUGCAUUUACUCUUUUUUACUUUUGUAAAUAAUUUCUUGUUAUGUUUUGUUAUUUUCUUUUAUUUAUGUUUUCCUCACUUUAAUAUCUUUAUGAAGCAGGCACAAUAAUCUUUGAUUUGUUGGCUGUUUCAGUUUUAUUUCAUAAGUAUAUUUAUAUGGCUAGCUAACUAGCAAAUUUACUAUUUGUAACUUCAGUUUGUACACUACCCUUGUAUUUUAGUGAUUAACAGGAAAACACUUGAGUAAUCAUCUUACCUAUUAAAGAGGAUAGAAAGUCUCUUUUGGCAAAUAAAAAGAAUUUAGCUUAUCACAAGAAGUAGACCAUUUAUAGAAUUAGACAAUGUCCAAACCUUCAUAUUGCUCAAAGUACUUAAAAGUUUACAAUUAGAUUUGUAUAAUUAUAUUUUUUUAGAAAUGUAUCACUAUUUACAAAAGUAAGAUAAGAAAGACUAUUUUUCAAAAUACCAUUUAAACUUUAAUAACAUUGGCGAUAAUAUCCUAACAUUGAGAAUUUCCAAGUUAAGUUAUAUGCCUAAGGUUUUUCCAGUGAAGUCUCAGAGUAGUUUUGCAGAUUUGUUCAUUGCUCUUGUUUUAAAUUAUUUUUCACAUUUGCCCGUGUCCACCUCCUUCAGACACACAAGUGUUUAAUGUCAUUGUUCCCCAGUGUCCAUUCUUAAACGCUAGUGUGGAGACUUGGACCCCCUGUUAUAGCCCUCUCUCAUAGCUUACACAGCCUUCCAAGAGGGAGAGACAGAGACCGAAUUGAAUUUUUGUCUUUUAUGCCUAUUACUUCAAAUUGACUCAGCCCACUGAAUUGUUAUUCACUCAUUAGUUGACUGGUAAAAGUAGCAUUCAUGACAUGAAACAUGUUUAACUACUGGGAGUCUCAGGAAAUAAGACAGAUUAAUGACCUCAGUCUUGUGUGGAGCAAUACCCCAAACACUUCACCCAGCAAAACUGUGUCAGAGUAACUGCUCAAGUUAGUUAAAUUGAAUGAAGAACCAGGUGAACACAGAGAAAACUCAUCCAGAGGAGCAGACCCAGAAUAGCAAAAAUUUACCUCAAAGAUAGGGCAGGCUUAUAAAACCAAGCUAAGAAAAAUCUAAAUGGAAAAAUGUGCCGUGUUCAGAGCCAAUAGGCUUCCCUGAUAGCUCAGUUAGUAAAAAAAUCCACCUGCAAAUGUAGGAGACCCCGGUUCGAUUCGUGCACCCAAAAGAUCCCCUGGAGAAGAGAUAGGCUACCCA